UGAACAACUUUGUUUACGUUACGUCACGCAUGGUUUCUCAGCGAUGCUGCGAGGAAAACGCGCGACCUCGACCGAGAACUUAUAAUGAACGAUUAUCAGGAAACCUAGGAAAUUACUGGCAUCUUUUGUGUAAACUGAAAGCUUUUUUGCUGCUUCGUUUUGCCUGAAGCUGCCCGCCUUCGGCAUUCGGGCUGAAGCGGGUAGAUUCGCAGACAGGUUCCCCACCAUAGGCUGCUCGCGGAGUUCACUCAUGGGCGCCUUACAGUCAAAUCGAAAACCCUCUUAUGACGCGAAUGGGGAAGUCGACUUCGACCACUUCCAAAUUCUGCGAGCCAUUGGAAAAGGAGCUUUUGGCAAGGUCUGCAUCGUUCAAAAGAAAGACACCAAGGCUAUGUAUGCAAUGAAAUACAUGAACAAGAAUGCCUGCAUAAGGAAGGAUGCCGUGAGAAACGUGCUUCGGGAAUUGGAAAUUCUGAAAUUCCUGGAGCACCCAUUUCUUGUCAAUUUGUGGUUUGCUUUUCAAGACGAGGAAGAUAUGUUUAUGGUGGUAGACCUUCUCCUCGGUGGUGACAUUCGUUACCAUUUGCAGCAAGUAACGAAAUUCGACGAACCAAGGGUGAAAUUAUAUUUAUGUGAGCUGGGGUCGGCACUUGGUUAUUUGCGGAGCAAGAAAGUUAUACACAGGGAUUUAAAACCGGACAAUUUGUUGCUCGACGAAAAAGGGCAUGUCCAUUUGACGGAUUUUAAUAUAGCCACAAUUUUGGAAGAUGGAAAAUUGGCAACUUCCAUGUCAGGAACUAAACCUUACAUGGCUCCUGAGGUUUUUGCCACGGCUUGUGAGGAGGCUCAAGGAUAUUCCUUUGGUGUUGACUGGUGGAGUUUAGGAGUCUGUAUUUAUGAAAUACUCAGAGCAAAGAGACCCUAUGAAAUUCAUGCUAAUACAGGCCUGUCUGAAGUGCGUCAGAUUUUUGCCUCUGAAUCGGUUCACUACCCCACAACUUGGUCAAGAGAUAUGAUACAUGUACUUCAUAGACUUCUUCAACAAGAUCCCAAGAAAAGACUAGACAGUUUAGAAGCCUUAAAACAAGAAAGCCUCAUGGCAGAUGUUGACUGGGAAUCUGUUGAAGCUGUUAAUGUACAACCUGGUUUUGUUCCUCCUAAAGACCACUUGAACUGUGAUCCCACUUAUGAGCUUGAGGAAAUGAUCAUUGAAGCUAAACCACUCCACAAGAAGAAGAAGAGACUUAAAAAAUUGUCAAGUAGGAUUGAAAGUGAAGAAGAAAUGGAUCCAGUGCAGUUAUGUUUAGAAGAAAUAAAGAAAGAUUUCAAGAUAUAUAACAGAGAAAAGUUGCUCUCAAACAGAAGACCAACAAAAUCCAGUUCAAGCCUGACUGAAAACAAUGAAACCAAAACAUCUGAAUUAUCAAAAACAGAAGUAAAGCAGUCAUGAUAUUGGUGUGUAGCGGACCCUCGUGUACAGCAUUAAGGGCACGGAAGACUCAUUUGUGCCUAGCCCAUGGGAACCCAAUUUCUCCUCCUCAAUUCAGCGUACAGCAUCAGUAAUUGUGGUUCAAUAGUUAUGUCAUUCCACUAUUUGGCAUAAUUUAUCUUUCAAUCGAUGCUCCAAGUUCCGGUGGUGUUUGAAUAUGAAACCAUCCUCAAUAGGUUGAAAAUUUAAAAUUUACCCUUCAGAUGAUACUUGAGUCCUUAAUUGACCCAUCCUCUGUUGACAGCAAACAGUACACUGUUGAAUCUUUUGUAACCUGUGCCAUAAUUUGAUAGUCAAUAGUGAAACAAAACUUUUCCAAUCAAGACAAAUUAGAUUCUCUAACUCUUGAUACUAAAAUUUUAUGAGACCACCAGAUCUCACUAUGACUGAAUACAUUUUACAAGACAAAAUAAAAUUAAUGAAAACUCUGGAUACAAAAGUAACAUACAAACCACAACAACUAGCUUAGUUGUGGUGUGAAUAAAUUAGUGUAUUCAUGAAUACACUGAUAAUAUUUUUAAUAUUCCUCUAAAGAACUUGCUCCAUGUAAUUGUUGGUGAAUGAGAUAUAACUUUGACUGAAGAAGUUCAAGUACACUUAGGAAAUAGCAUGGACAGUUUUGAAGUCGUCACAGCAGUGCUCUACCUAAAAUAACCUCACUGUUGACUAGUAACCCUAGGGAUUGUCCAUGGGUACCCCUUCCUUUGACUGUGUUAAGGGAAAGGGGGGAUCUCAUGCCACUUGUCAAAGUUUUAAACUGGUUCAUGUUUACUUCCUCUUUUGUCAUGUUCUUGUCUUCCUCUAAGCAGUAAAAUCUGAUCAAAUCAAUAUUAAUAUAAAUAUUUGUACAAAAUUUCUGUGGAUUCUGGUUAUUGUUGUAGAAAUUAACAUAAUCAUUAUGACUCUCACAGUGGUUAAAAUUUGUUCAUAGCUAUUUAAUGUGAUUUGGCUAGGCUCUACAACACCCCUUCCAUCUGUCAUGUUUAGAAAUUAUUUUAUCAAGUGAGUUUAGUGAGUUACAAGCCUUAGCUUGUAAGUUGCAAGUACAAUUAUAAUAUUUUCACAUAGGUGUUUGUGAGUGAAUCCCACAGAAAGUAAUAUUAACACUUUUUUGUUAGUUAUUAUGUGUCUUUUUUAUUCAGUAGUAGUGAAAUUCUUACAUUUAGUAGAUCUUUAAUUUACAUGGAUUAAAGGCUGAAAAUCAGCAAAAACAAUACAAACUUUUUACCUUUAAAAAGUGAUAAUGGUCAGAGUAUUUAUGAUUUAAAGAAUAGUUAUGCAAUUCAGAGGGAAAAUCUAAAUCAGUCUAAUAUUAGAACUUUUUUCCAAAGUAGCGCAAAUCAUUUUCAUAACCCUCCUUUGCAAGCUAAUUCAGUUUUCUCUAGAGAUGUUAAAAUAGAAAUAAUCUGUUAAACUGGGUUAAUGUAAUUAAUUAUUUAUAAAUGUUUGCAAUGCUGACUGCAUACUGUACAGAUAUUUUGACUGUGAUAUCAUUCAUUAUUCAUCUGUAGCGUCAUGUCAUAGUCACCGUGUGCCACAUUUGCCAACCUGAAUAUUAUUCUCCUUUGUUCAACCUAUUGUACAGUCCAAGUAGCAUUCUAAAAUGUUACUUAACACUUUCUCUGUAGGUUGAGUCUUUGAAGGUUUCAAAGCUGUUUUAAUUAUUAUUUUUUUGUAAGAUUCCUUUUGCCAAAUAAAGUUCUUUUAUAUCAUAAUUUUAUCUUUUUUGUUUUGCCAUUAUGUUAAAGUUUGUUAGCUUGUAAAAUGCUAGAAUGUUGUUACUGCAGAUCUCAUAAUCCAAAUGAAAAUGCAGGGGAAAGAUCACAAGUUGUCUGAGUUACAUGUACAAUGAAAUCUGAAGUAGUAAAGAACAACUGGAAUACCAACACAACUUAUGAAUUCUGAUUGGUAGCAGCAAGAUAAGUCAUCUUGAAAUAUUUCUAAUAUUUGAAGGUUUACGGUUUUCACAGGAACUCCAGACUUAUAAUUUACUUAUAUUUGACCUUUUUAUGAAAGAGCCAAGUCUACUGGGCAGGACUUGAUGUCUUGAUUUAAAUCCAUAUUCUUCCUUGCAGUAGAAUAGUUUUCAAUUGAGUGUGGGAAAUAGUCAGGCAAUUACUUUGGUUUUGGUUUUAUGAUACUCAUUUGAAAACUGCUCUAUAAUGAAUAUGUGAUAAGCUCAGGACAAUUUAGUGUCCAAGCCUGUGACAUUACUAUUAAUAAUCCAUAGUUUCUAUGUUAGAGAUUUCAGUUAGAUGACAUGAAAUUUCAGACCAAGCUUAUUUCAUACUUAUCUUUCAUUUUAUGUACAUAAUUUAAAGAAGAGAUUGAUAGAGAGUAGUUAUGAAAGAUUAUAAUAAAAGAUAUUCAAAGUGGUAUAAUUUUGUGUGACGAACAUAACAGAAUGAGACUGAAUGACAAAAAAAUUAAAUAAAUAAAGACUACUAAACAAUUUA